AUGCAGUCCCUCCGCUCCCUUGCCCGCGUAGGACCGGCACAGGCCCAAUUUCCUAGGAGUUCACUCCGCAACUUCAGCGCCGCCCGCAGAUACGCUCAGUCCCAGCGCACUUCAAGCACCAGCUCCUCCCAGCCCGAGCGACCUGUCAACUUCUACACCACGCACGGCCGCGCCUUUUUUAAAGCCAUCACCUUAGCCUUUCUGACGUACCAAAUCGCGUAUUGGGGCUGGCUGACGUUGGAGACGGAAUACCUCAAAGACCAGAAGAACCGUGAGAUCAAGUCGCUGGAGCAGGAGGUGAGGUUGCUGGACGAAGGCCGAAAGGCUCACCGGCCCAGUAGUACCUCUUGA